UGCCUCAACCUGCUCCUGGACGCCGAUCAGGAAGGCUCGGAGUGUCCCCUCCACGCAAUGGCGCUUUGCCUGCUUCACGACGCCUCCGCCCGGCUGUGAGGAUGAAGGAGGUGCACCAAGGGGGUCGCAAGCACGUCGCCUCGGCUGACCCUCCGCUGCCCGCCGUCCGCGUCAGCCAAGCGCCGCCGACACCGAGCGGCGCCGCGGAGGAAGCGUCGCGGCCGUCGGGCGCCAGGCUGCGGCUCUCCAAGGCCAACAAGGCGGGGAUGGUGAAGGUGGUGCGGCGGCACCUGUCUCCUCAGCCGCCCAGCUUGGAGAGCCUGGAGGCGGCUUGGAGCGGCAGAGCUCAACGGGAGGCUUUGAGGAGCGCGGACCGAGGGGCCGGGGACAGGCCGGGCCAGGAGGGGCCCGCCGGGGGGCCGCAUAGGAGCCGGAAGAAGGGGUUCAGACCCCCUGACGUGAGGACCAUCUUCACGCCGGGGGAGAAGGACCCCAGGGUGAAGGAGGAGUCCGGGGAGGGCCACAGCUUUGGGUCUGGAGGGGAGGGCACCUGGUGUGACGUAUGCUGCAAGUACAUCUUCAGCGGGGGUCUCACCUGCGCAGGUUGCAAGUACGCGUGUCACGCCGCCUGUCGGGACCGAGUGUCGCUGGACUGUCACCCGGCGGCGUCGCCUGCCAGCCAGGACCGGCUCAACAACAACAACAACGUCAGCGACACGCCGCCGCACGAUGUGGAGAAGGACAGGAAGCUGCGCACGGAGUUCAGCAGGGAGGAAAUCAGGCAGAAGAUCGAGCAGUACAACACCAGGACCAGAGACCACCUGAAAAUGACCCUGGGUUCCACCGGCGUCUACACGGGCUUUAUUAAGGUCCAAAUGGACCUGAGGAGGCCCGUGACGGUGCGAGGGGGCCAGAGGGGAGCGGGCGGAGACGCGGCGGGCGAGGCCUUCUACCUGCCCAGAGGAGUCACCAACACGCUCCACAUCAGCUCCAACAACACCGUCAGACAGGUCAUCAUGGCGCUGCUGAAUAAGUUCACCGUAGCAGACAACCCGGCCAAAUACGCCUUGUACAAACGCUACCGCCGUGAGGAGCAAGUGUACGUGUGCAAGCUGGCCGAUGGCGAGCAGCCGCUGUUCCUUCGUCUGGUGGCGGGCCCCGACAACGACGCGCUGGGCUUCGUCCUGCGAGAGCAACAGACCGGAGAAGUCAUGUGGGACGCCUUCUCUGUCCCGGAGCUGCGCAACUUCCUGCGUAUCCUGGACAAGGAGGAGGAGGAGCAGAAGGAGGCUGUGAUUCGUCGCUACGGCGUCUACCGCCAGAGACUGAAGGAUGCGUUGAGGGACCUGCGAGGACCCUCGUAGAUGUCGGGAGGACUCUACCAGGACUCUACCAGUCCGAACGAAGACAGAAAAGGACUGACGUGCCAAAGCAUGAAGACUCGAGUGUGUACAGAAUUUCAUUGACGUAAUUUAUAUGGGUGAUGCUUUUUAUUGCAAAGAGUUGAACUGUGGCGGCGACACAAUCACAUGACGCUCCCCGUUGAAGGAGGGAGGAGGAAGAAGAGCAGCAUUGCAGGACGUGAAGAAGAAGCAAAGGUUGGAUCGGGAAAGUAGAUGAUGAAGGGCGAUACAGGAAGUAGAAUAGAAGCGGGGGCAGAGUCGCAGACAAUGAAAACACGUUGAAGGGGCCGAGCGCUGAUAGCGGCGCCCUUUUUUUUUUUUUUUUUUUAAAUAGAAAGUGCUCUUAUCAGGCACCCUCAGCCCCCCCCCUGUGCCGGAUGGCUUGGAAAAGAGGACCAGGCGAGAUAAGGAAGGAAGGAAGGAGGAGGCUUCUGGGAUUAUUUGCUGGAUUCAAAUGAAAAGCUCCUCCACGGGUACAUGCCGUGUGGAACAGCUCCCUCUGGUGGACAAAGAUGCAACCACGCUCCUCCACGGCUUUAUUUUUCUAGGAUUAUUCCUAUUCUCUCGUAACCAAAGAUAUUUUAGCGGUGUUGCCCGGGGGGUGGGGGGGAUUUAGAGAUUUAGAGGCUACAUAUAUCGAGUAGAGUUCUAUUUAAAGUGAUUUAUUUGUCUAUGAAACACUGGCUUUACGUACGUGGAAGCAUAGAAAGGUCAAAAAGGGGGCGUUGCUGAAAUGUCUAUCAUUCUCACAAAUUGGAUAAAAAAGGCGAUUGGUUCUCCAGAAAAUGAUUGGUUUUUAUGCUCCAAAUGAAAUGAAAUAAAAUUGUCAUCAUUUUGCCCUUUCUAUGCUCCCCACCUCAAUGGAAAUGCGUAUGAAAUAUGUUAUUGUUAUUCUUGUAUCUCUUUACAUGAGUUGUAUCAACUAAAGAUGUUUGCGUUUUGGGAGGGGGGGGGGCGCGGGCGGGGGAGGGCACUUUAAACGACUUCAUUCAGGGAAAACUGGUGGAUUUCUGUUUUUACACUCUACACUUUAUAUUUCAUCACCUAAACGCUGUUUGUGGUUGUGUCCGUGGCGCUGAGUAAGCCGUAUGUGUCACGUGACGCGUCACCAUGGCAACUGUGGACGCACGUGAGCUGUAGUAUUGACAGUAGAAGUCGCACAUUACAAUGGAAUCUAAACGUUCUUUCAUUGCCUGUCGGCCAUAUUUCAAGGAGGAGUGGCUGGACGCUUUGCUGGCUCUUUGGCGGUGCCUUCCUGUUUUUAUAGCUUCUGCUAACUGAAGAUUAUUCCAUGGUUUUGUUUUUUCCCGCCGAAGGUUUGACGUUGUAAUCAGUCACGUGCAGCUAUUAAAGACCAACUUUCAAACUCA